AUGUCCUUUGGGUGGUCAGUUGGCGAUCUCGUGAACACUAUCGAACUACUAGUGAGCGUGGCCGCUUCACUGAAGGAGAUCGACGGUUCACAAGAGCAUUACCAGCAGGAAAGUGCAUAUUUGGUGGAUCUUGCCAGUACCCUCCAGCAUCUGAAGGAUCAUGACUCGUAUCUACCUUGGGCAUCCCAAGGCGUUGACACCCUCAAAAAGUCCGUGGAGCGGUUUGGAAAGCGACUGAGCGCGAGGUUCGGAGACAGCCUGGGCAGCGAUAACAAGAGCAACAGGCAGUCUCUUAUUGAGAGACUAAAGGGUGCUCCCAGAAUGAUCCAAUAUGGCUUAUUUGUCUCACGUGAAGUCGACGAGUUACGUCGUAGGAUUGAUAUUCCGUUGAAGAAUGUCAUUGUUGGCCUUGGUAUCGACAACAACAACCUCGCCGCUCAGAUUCAUCAAAUUGCACUGCAAACACACUCUGUUGUCGAUGAUUUGAGAAUCUCAUUAUCCAAUCUCUCAGCAACUACCUUAGGGAGUGAAGAACAAGCGAAAGGGGCGCAGUGUGAGCACAAGAUAUCAGAAGUGACACACUGGUUUAAUCCACUGCCGCUUGAGGAUUAUCAUCGUCGAGUACUCGUCAGCCUAGUUCAUAGCUCCUGCGAGUGGCUCUUUGAUAGAGACGAGUUUGCUUUAUGGAAGUCGGCCGAUAAAAUUCACGAUAGAUAUCGGAUGCUCUGGAUCAUGGGCAAGGCGGGAGCCGGCAAAACUCAUUUAGCAGCUCGGAUUAUUGAAGAGUUGAAGCUGUCAGCUAGCAAGCUCGCAUACUUCUACUGCGAUGCCAAAGAUGACAGACGUGUGUCUGUCACCAGCAUCUUGCGCAACUGGACCUGGCAACUACUUCAACAAGACCCGUUUUUGCUGGAUGAUGUGGUUCCGAUCAUAGAGAAGAAGCAGUUAGCCAGCCAAGCUGUUCUUGAGGAUAUCCUAUUUACUAUCCUCCAAAGAUUACAGGAUGCAAUCCUCGUCAUCGAUGGGUUUGACGAAUGCGAAGAUCAAGAGCAAGCGAAGCUUUAUCGAGUCCUAGCUCGCUUUUCCCAGGAUGCCCGGGUUUUGGUCUUUCGAAGGAGCCUAAAUCUUUCCAACAAGUUGAUGGUUCCAGACGAAUGCCUCAUUCUAUAUGAUAUUUCUGAGGAUGACAACUUGACUGAUAUCCACCGAUACAUUGAGGAAGGUGUGGCUGAUCUUGAAAUCGACGACGAUGAUAUCAGAAAGACUAUUGAUACAACUCUGCGAUCGGGGGCUCAUGGGAUGUUUUUAUGGGUGGCAUUGAUGAUUGAAGAGUUACGGAGGCCGCUUUUUAGCGACGCCGAUUACCUCGAGACAUUGAAAUAUCUGCCGGAAGAUCUCAAUAUGCUGUAUAUCCAAAUUCUGCGGGGCCUCUCGUCUCAUCCUCGUGAUAUUCCAAUCUCGAGAAGUCUUCUGCAGCUCAUGGCGUGUGCGCGUAGACCACUAACUCUGCAUGAGGUUGGAGCUUCCAUGAAGGUCACUGUUGGUGGAACCAAACUCGACACAUCGGCCAUGUCUGAGAAGCGACUUCGACGGACCAUUCUUCAAUACUGUGGACCUUUGGUCACAAUACAAAAACGGCCCGGCGCUCACCCUACGGCAACCCUGGUUCAUUCCUCCUUAAAAGAGUUCUUACUUGAGCCCCAAGAAGCUAGUGCUCAGACACCAUUCAAGAUCAAUGGGGGUGAUGCCCAUUUGGCUCUAACGCAAAUAUGUUUAACAUAUCUCUGCUACGACAAUAUCGAAGCUCCCCCAUACGAUGUAUUCGAUGAAGUGGUGAUGUCAGAAGAUAGAGAUACAAGGUCGUGGGACCACAGUACAAUGAGGGCCCACAUGGAAAGUCGGCUCGCUGCCUUUCUUGAGAAAUAUCCACUUCUGGAAUACUCGUCUCUCCAUUGGUGGUGGCACCUCACCCGUUCGUCGUCCUGGACAGAGAGUUACAAUCUUCUUCUACGUUUGUGCCACUCGAGUCGAAAGACUGUCAGAUGGCUCCAAAUGGUUCAAUACUUCCAAGGUGAUCGUGGCAUUUGGGGUUCGAGUAAGGGCCAAACAGACCUGGAGGAGAUUGCUUCUCUCCGAGAAGUGCUUCCUGCGGAAGACACAGUCUUCUCUACUUGGUUGAAAUCAUUUGGUCGUGAACCUCACAGCCGAGUUAACCUCACAAAAUGGCAAAAUUUUCUCCUCUGCGGGGCAGCAAAUGACUUCUUGCCCGAAAUUCACGUCGCAGCAUACUUUGACUUUGCUCAGCUGGUCGAAGAUUACCUUCUUGAAGGGGUGAAUGUAAAUCAGAAAUCUCACACAAGGCAGCCACCUCUCUCUCUUGCUGCCAUUGGUGAUUCAUUCGACAGCAUGAGGGUUUUGCUACGACAUGGAGCAGACGUAAAUGCAACAGGCUGGCACAACAUGACUCCCCUACAGUGGACAAGUCGACCUUCGGCUUGGCCCACAGUAUAUCCAGUACCAUACAUUGCUGGACAAAUCUUGCUCGACGCAGGCGCGAGGAUAUCUCGGGAUUGUAACAACAACUUCUUAGCAUUGGUCUGCCAAAGCUCUUUUCCCCAAGAUCCAUUCUGUCUUCCUUUCGUCUCGUUACUGUUAAAGCACGGUGCAGAGGCUGUGAUAGAUCAAGGUCAUCCUCGCCCUCCUCUUCAUUGGGCUGCCAUCUGUGGCAAUGCAGCCCUGGUCAAGCUCCUACUUGAGCAUGGAGCUAAGCACGACUCCAGUCCUCAGGGUGUCCCGGGUAGGGAGACACCACUUUUGCACGCAUGUGCCACGACAGGGGAUAAGCUGAGCGUUGUUGAUCUGCUUCUUAGUGUCGGUGCCUCAGUGUCGGCUCGACGUAACGAUGGUCGUUCAGCUUUGCAUCUAGCAUCCAAACAUCCACCGCAGAUUGGAAUGAUGCUGCUCCAGGCCGGUGCAGAUGUCAAUGCAAGAUCUAUGGAUGGCUGCACUCCAUUACAUGACGCAAUUAUUGAUGAAAACAUGGAAAUGAUUGACUUGCUACUUGCAAAUCACUCUACCGUGGAUAUCAAAAAUGAAGCGUCUUUAACGCCACUCGCGCUCGCAGUUGAGAAUCAUUGUUCUGGUGCCAUCCAGAGACUUCAAGCUGCUAAUACGAUUAUGGAAAGUAUGGAAAAAGUUGACCCAGUGAUGCCAACACAGCCAUCCAUCUACUGGCCUAGACAUCCCCGUGAUAUUUUUGAGGUUUAUUGGGUUCUACAGCUAGCGUGGGCUCCACACAGGCCCCCACAACCGAUAUUGCUUCGGAUUCUAGACUUGGCAAGAUAUUGGCUGCGAUCUCAAACAUCCCAGAGUGGGCUAGUAAGCUGCGAUGAGAAAGAAUGUCAAGAUCGUCGGCCAUAUUUGAUCUCUGAGCCCAUCCGAGGUGGAAAAGACAGACCCGUGCGGGAGGUCCAGUUUGUAAUCUGGAGUCAUGACCAAGGCUUCAGCUCCUAUCCUGAAUUCCAUGGUACUUUCGAGUCCUCCUUCACUUGGUUCGACGUCGGCAUCGAACAGCUACCUCACAGACCGCCUAUUAAUAUUAAAGAGGGAGAGCGCGUCUUGACGACCAAUAUUCACGCAAGCAGGAAGUUGAGGCGUCAUCAGAUAAUAUACGGUGAAUCGGCGGUCAAGCAGAGGGGCUGGUUGGAAAAGCUUCAGGUAGGUGAUAGGGUUUCAAUUAUCCCUAUGGCUCAAUAUCCAGCCUGGAGGAACUUUGUGAGCGAGGCCUCGAUUGAGGUUUUCAGAGAAAGAAGGGGUCAGCUGGAUCACGCCUCACAUUCUAAGACGGUCGAUGCCGUGCCGUAUUGGGCUUUGCAGAAGCGUCACAACGGUCCGAAAUGGUGCGCCGCGAGGGCAAUCUGA